GUGAUUUGAUUAGGGAUUUGAUUAGAUUCAAUCAAGUCUUAAUUAGUGAUUUGAUUAGGGAUUUGAUUAGGUGUAAUUAGUUUCUUCCUUUAUUAUUUCUCUCUUGUGUGUAUAUAAAUGUACAAGCUCUCAUUGAUGAAAUACAAGACACAAUUCAUCUUUUUCAUUAUGUGUUUCAUCAUUUCUACAUGGUAUCAGUGAAUCUUUGAUUUUUUUUUCUCCUCAUUCUUCAAAAUGUCUACAGACGAUCUUCUUCCUACAAAGUCUUCUUCAUCAUCACCCACACCCAUCAUAACCGAUUUAUACACAAUCCAUCAUUCCGAUAGUCCUUCUACUAUCCUUGUCACACCUUUGUUGACAGGAGAUAAUUACGGAUCAUGGAGUCGUGCAGUCACAAUGGCACUUCGUGCCAAAAAUAAGCUUGGUUUCGUUGAUGGGUCACUCCCAAUUCCGACAGAGAAAUCUGACAUUUCUAAUUGGGAACGUUGUAACGAUUUGGUAGGAAGUUGGAUCCUUAAUUCUGUUUCACCUGAGAUCCGUCCAAGUAUCUUGUAUGCUGAAACUGCAGCACAAAUUUGGACCGAUCUCAAGGAUCGUUUUUCUCAAUCAAAUGCUCCAAAAAUUUAUCAAUUGAAACAAUCAAUUUCUUCCCUCAAACAAGAAAGCAUGUCUGUUUCAUUGUAUUUUACGCAACUCAAAUCUCUAUGGGAUGAACUCGGUUCCAUUAUCCAUAUCACUCCUUGCAUUUGUGGUAAUGCUAAAAGCAUUAUUGACCAACAAAAUCAAGAUCGAUCCAUGGAAUUUCUUCAAGGACUACAUGAUCGUUUUUCCGCUAUUCGCAGCCAAAUUCUCUUGAUGGAACCAUUUCCUUCCAUUCAACGUAUCUAUAAUUUGGUUCGUCAAGAAGAAAAGCAGCAAGAGAUCAAUAUUCUCACAACUCCUACUGUUGAUGCCGCUGCACUUCAAGCAUCUAAACCUCAAUUUCGUCCGUCAGGAAAACGUCAACGUCCAUUUUGCGACCAUUGCAACAAACAUGGUCAUACUCUUGCUACAUGCUAUCAACUUCAUGGCUUUCCCGACAAACAUGUGAAGAAAUCCGUGCCACCUCCAUCCAACUCCACUCUUAUGGCUAGUUCACUCACGCACGAACAAUACAACAAGCUUCUCACACUUCUUGCCAAAGAAGAAACUAGUGGACCCUCAGUGCACUUAGCAGGUAAAAAUCACACAUUUUCGUCAUUUUGUUGGAUUAUUGACUCCGGUGCUUCUAAUCAUAUAUGUACAUCUCUCUCAUUUUUUUCUUCAUAUUCCCCUAUUCGUAAAAACAUAUAUGUUCAAUUGCCUGAUGGCUCUCACGCGCCUGUGACUCACAUAGGCACAGUCAAAUGUUUUGGUACUUUCAUUCUCACGAAUGUUUUUUACAUUCCAUCUUUUAAGUUCAAUUUGUUAUCGAUUUCACAAUUUACGAAAUCCACAAAUUGUGAUAUAAUUUUUUCUUCGUCUGGAUGUGUAUUUCAGGACCAAUCAACGAAGAAGACGAUUGGUCGGGGUAAUCCUCACAAUGGCCUUUUCUAUCUAGAUUGCCAUUUGAUUUCUAAUUCUGCUCUUUCUAUUAAGCAAUAUCCAAUUUCAAUUACUCCAAUCAAUGAUAAUGGGACUUUUGACUACCCUACACCACUCAUCGACCCCCCUUCGGGUGAUUCUAUUCCUCGUAAUGAAACUACGAGUUUGGAUGACUCGCCACCAUCUCAACUUGAUGAUUCAAUCAAUUCUCCCUCUAUUUCCGAAUCUCCUUCCUCACAUUCUCAAGUUGAUGGUUCAACUAAUUCUCCAUCUAUUUCCGAUGGCACACCAUCUUCUGAUUCACCUUCUACAACCAUUGUUCAUGGUUCAAUUGAUCGAUAUAAAGCUCGUCUAGUUGCCAAAGGUUAUACUCAAAUUGAAGGAAUUGAUUACCAUGAUACCUUCGCACCUGUGGCAAAACUAGUUACUGUACGUCUCCUACUCUCAAUUGCUGCCAUUAAAAGUUGGUCCAUCCACCAACUUGAUGUUAACAAUGCAUUUCUUCAAGGAGAUCUUAAUGAAGAGGUCUAUAUGAAACUUCCCCCUGGCUUCUCUCACAAAGGGGAGACUCGUUAUCUCGUUCUAAACAAGGCAUCUUUUUAUGUCAACGCAAGUAUACUCUAG